AUGUUUUCCUUUGCAACGACACUUACUCUUGGUGCCAUUGUGGUCAAUGGCCUCAUUUUGCACCCUGGCUACGACCAGGUUGCCACAGACCAGUACAACUUACUAAAGUUCAUGGUCGGCGCUGGUCCCUUUGUUGAGCAUAGUGGGUUUGGCAUUCCACUUGAUACUCCUCCUCAUUGUGAAAUUGAACAGGCACAAUUAUUCAUGCGACACGGGGAAAGAUUCCCGACUGAAAGCUCUGGAAAGCAAUAUAAGAAAUUUUAUGAGAGACUCAAGAAGGCCAACGUUAUCGACUACAAAGGACCUCUAGCCUUUGUCGAGGAUCUGGAGUACUUUGUUCCAGACAGCGAUAAUUAUGAACUUGAAACUACAAGGGGCCUGUACUCUGGCCUACUCAAUGCCUUCAAGUUUGGUACCUAUCUUAGGGAAAGAUAUGACUCGUUAGUGAAUACAAGCGAAGUUCUACCUAUAUUUGCAGCAAGCGAGGACAGGGUUGUGGACACCGCAAGAUCUUUUGGUCGUGGAUUUUUUGGGCCGGAUUAUGGAAAAGGUUGCUCAAUCCAAGUCAUCAACGAAACAGAUACCAGCAAAGGAGCAAAUGCCCUGACCACCAAGGACAAUUGUCCAACAUAUAACUCUUCGUUUUACGAUUAUUCGUUUGGUGAUGAGAUUUUCCAAAGAGAAGCAGACAGAUUAAAUGAAUUAUCUCCCGGCUUCAACAUCACCGCCGACGACAUUACCACCAUGGGAACCUAUUGUGCUUACGAAACGAAUGUCAAAGGGCAUUCGAGCUUCUGCGAUGCUCUUUCGAGAGAGGCAUUUAUUGCUCUGCAAUACAAUAACGAUGUCACCAAGUUCUAUGAGUUUGGUCCUGGCUAUAACAUGAGCGCCGUGGCCGGCGGUGUCUAUGCCAAUGCUACCGCCAAGUUGCUGCAAGAAGACGGCAAACUUUGGCUUUCCUUUUCCCACGACAACGACUUACUGAACUAUAUCACUGCUCUUGGACUCAUCACCGAUACCGAGUUGGGAACAGAAGACGUGGAUUUCCACAGAAGUUUCAAAACCUCUGAGCUCGUUCCUCAAGGAGCCAGGCUGAUUAUCGAGAAACUUAACUGUUCUGACACCUCUUUUGUGAGAACCAUUCUAAAUGACAAGGUGUAUCCUGUUCCAGGAUGCUCUUCAGGACCGGGUUACUCUUGUCCACUAGAGGAUUACCUUGACAUUAUCACUCCAGAGGUUGACUAUGCCUCCGCCUGUGAGCUUCCAGACGAUGCCCCUAAGGAAAUUAGCUUUUACUGGGACUGGAAGCCGACCUUUGAAAACAACUAG